ACAGAGCAGAAAAUUGGAACCCAACUUACAAGUAGGAAAAACAAAAAUGGGUUCUUCUUCUGCUGUUGUAGUGGCAACCAUUUUCUUAACACUAAUGCUUCAUGAAUCAAAUGCACAAUUGAACUCCACAUUUUAUGCUAACACAUGUCCGAAUGUGUCUAGUAUUGUGAGUAAUGUCAUUCAGCAGGCUUUGCAAUCUGAUUCCAGGAUUGGAGCCAGUCUCAUCCGACUCCAUUUUCAUGACUGCUUUGUUAAUGGAUGUGAUGCUUCAAUUUUGUUAGACAGUACUGCAAGCUUUCUGAGCGAGAAAAACGCUGUUCCAAAUGCUAACUCCACUCGGGGCUUCGAUGUUGUUGACAACAUCAAAACUGCUCUUGAAAAUUCAUGCCCUGGCGUUGUUUCUUGUGCUGACAUACUAGCCAUUGCUGCUGAAGCUUCUGUUUCUUUGUCAGGAGGUCCUACAUGGAAUGUAUUAUUGGGGAGAAGGGACAGUCUAACUGCAAACCAGGCUGGAGCCAAUUCCUCUAUUCCGUCUCCGGUAGAAGGCUUAUCCAACAUUACUUCCAAGUUUUCUGCUGUUGGUCUAAAUACUAAUGACCUUGUCGCAUUAUCUGGCGCUCACACAUUUGGACGUGCUCAAUGUCGCUUAUUCGUUGGCCGGUUAUACAAUUUCAACGGCACAGGCAACCCUGACCCAACAAUAAGCUCAUCAUACUUGGCUACACUCCAGCAAACAUGUCCCCAAAAUGGUAGUGGAACUGUUUUAGCCAACCUUGAUCCUUCAACCCCAGAUAGUUUUGACAACAACUACUUCACUAACCUUCAAAACAAUCAAGGCCUUCUCCAAUCAGACCAAGAGUUGUUCUCCACCACUGGUUCUGCCACUGUCUCCAUUGUUAAUAGCUUUAGCAGCAACCAAACAGCUUUCUUUCAAAGCUUCGCUCAGUCCAUGAUAAACAUGGGAAAUAUAAGCCCUCUAACCGGAAGCAGUGGGGAGAUUAGGUUGGACUGCAAGAAAGUUAAUGGAAGUUAAGCUAUCAAAGUGUUACAUCAACUUGAGCACUGCAUGGGAAGCCAAUAAAUUCUUAGUUAUAGACUCUUUUUUUAUAUAAGAAUUCUUAGUUAUAGACAUGUUUCUGCAAACUAUCAAGAAAAGAAAAAACAGUUCUGUAUUGAAAGUUCAAGAAUGACA